CCUCUUUACUUGCUAGGACCUGAAAUACGACAAAACAACACAACCUAGCAUAAAAUAGGCCAAGGAACAACAAAUUCGAGCUAAAAUGGUCAGGAAACAAGAGUUAAAACAUGUGUAAAUACGACGCUAUCAGUUUCCCCAACCCUUCUCUUCCGAGAUUCUCCCCGAAUUCUCGACCUAACUUUUCUUAUCAAAACACUAUAGCUCUUCCUUGCUAUUUCUUGGUUUUGAUCUCUCGAAAAGGUUAAGUUGCUUUCUUCUCUGCUCGUCUUUUAUACUGAUCACCAACUAGCCGUUGUACACUUUCCAUCUCUGUUCGUCUUUGAUUUGAACACCUACCAUCUUGCUCGAGCGACACAUAAGGUAAGUUUUCUUGUAAUUCGGCCAGCUUUGCAUCUCGAUACUUCUUUCCAUUUUGAGACCAUUGACAAGGUUGCUCUCAACAAUUUUUUGGCGUCCCGAAAACAUAACAGUGGACAGGCCAUCGAGGGUGACGAGACGAACGUGUGCGGGAGACGAACGGUCGGUAGGCUACCGAUCUACUGAAGAACAUGUGGAGAUCGACACAGAUGGAUGGAUCCGACUUGGGAUAAUUGCCCCCUUCCCACAACCUCCUCCACAGACGAGGACACUGCCAAAGAAGGAGAUGAAAUCGAGGGUCAAAUUCGACCUCUUUUCCUUCACCAUCACGCGGCUCCGUUUCGCCGCCCAGUUCCUGUAAAUAUCACCUUUGAUUACAAUCUUAAACCCGACCGAUUCCAUCAGAGGGCGGCACUGAGGAUCUUCCAUUAGAGGGUGGUAUAGGGAAUCAAAAGAUGGGUGGUUGAUGAAGGAAGAACCACACGCAAUUAGAGGAGAAAUUGAGGGGUGGUCGAGGCUUAGAGGAAGCGGGAUUUGGAUCUGAUGGCAUGUCCGACGGUGGAGUUAACAGAGUAGAGGGCGGUAGCGUGAUGGAAGGAGCAGCCGACAACGAUUUUUAGAGAAGAAGAAGAAGAUAAGAAAUGAAUGGUUCUCAA